AAUGCUUUAAAAUUCAUCGUUCUGAUGAUGAAGGCAGCAAGUACCUCCAAAACGUCAGUAAAAGUUUGCAAAACUACGCGGUGUAAUAACCCAUCGCCGCAAGAAUUUCAAAUCACACGCAAAAACACUACGAGGUUAUUUGGAACUGGACGAAAUUGCUUGGCUAAGAAUGGAUUCGGCACGGUGGCAGGGGAGAGAUUUGACAACAGCUGUUACAAAAACUCAUCCCAUUGCAGUGAACUACGAUUAUGACUUGGUCAUCCAUUCUCCAGACAAGACAGCCAGUCGUGCGGGCCCUGCGUUGUCAUAUCAGCUGAAGUCGAUGGGAAGGAUGGUAUCUGUUGAUUGGCAAGCCAACUAGACAGCGUUCGCAAGGAAAAUUGAACUUUGGAGUUAGAGUUGUUCAGUUCCUACACUAGGAAAUCUUUUGGCACGAACAGUAUUGAGUGCUAUUGAAUUUUUGUCGAGUGCAACUCAUAUAACACUUGAGUGAAAAACAUUUCUGUGCUGUGUUUGUAAGGUAUCCAAGUACUGCAACAUGAACAGUGAAGAUUUAUGUUAACAAUUUCAUUCGUGUUAUAUGUUUCAGCUCUCAGUGACUGUUUAGUUGGUUUUAGGUGCAAUCAAUUCGAGACAUUAUCUUUUAUCAGUUGCACUAAAGACGAAAUUCAUAACAAUGUAGAACAAACAAAAACAAUUUUCGACGUAGAUUUAGAUGUAUUAUGGUUUAGCUGAAAUGUGUGGAAAUAAUUUAUUUUUGUUUCUGCUUUAAAAAUACGUGACACUUUUUGACGCAGAACAGCGGGUCAGGUGCCGCUACAAUCAGUUAACGGAAGAUAUCAGAAAGGAUUUGAAGAAACAUAUUUAAAUAUCAGAGGUUGAAGAGAACACGUCUGUUAAAUUUGGGGACAUGCUUUAAUCUUACGUCUCACUAAAAGUUUGUUUACAGAGGUGUUACUAAAGUGGAGUUAGUCAAUAGGCACUCCGCUGUUUGGAUCUAUCAGUUGUUGCGCAAACCUUUGGAAAGGAGAAGGAAAUCCCGUUGAAGAAGUGAAAAUAGACAACCCAGUUAAAAGAAAACAGUUGAUAUAUUAAGAGGUGAACGAUGCAAUAGUGUUGUCAAGACCGCCCAUUGCAUAACAGCCAGACUGAAAGAUCUGAGGAUUGAUUUCUGAAUUUUCACCUGAGGACCUGUAAUAGACGCAGAUACAAUGAGUUUCUUUAACUCUCUACAACAAUAUGUGACCAGCAGUGUUGCAAACUUAAGUUUAAGUCCAAAACGUUUUUCUCUGAGCCGCGAUUCUUCCGCCGAAAGCAGUACAGAUGGAACCGGAAGCCAUCCUCCGUUAACACCGGGUUCUGCCGGAAGUUCAAGCGGUGCAGUGACCAGUGGUAGAAGUGCAUCCGCCGGUAAUGUGAUAGUAAGUCCAGCAGCGCACAGUGGGCCGAGUUUGCUGCAUGGGUUCCCCAAAGUGGUCCCUCCACCCGGCACUGUCACCCCGCCUCACAGUCGCUCCCUGUCUGUACGUCGGCGUACCCUCGAAUGCCCACCGCCUCCUGGACUCGUGUUACCCCCGGGAGCAGGACCUCCGCGACGACUUGGAUCCUUCAGGAAGACAAAUCAACAGCAGCAACAGGCGACGACUCCAGGGUCUACAGGCAUUUCCAGACAACCACUCAUGUUUUGUCGGAGGAGGCAGUCUUGGCCGGAGGUUGAUCAACAGGCAACAUCAGGACCUGCUGUGGGGUCCACCCCGACUCCUUUCCCGUUGGUGCCAGGAGCUGUUUCAGCUGCGUAACGCAGGACAAGUUUC